ACUACUCAAACAAGUUUCUGAAGAAGAGAUAGAGAAAGAGAGAGGAGAUCGUAAGCGAAGAGAGAGAGAGAGAGAGAGAGAGAGAGAGAGAGAUAGAGAGUUAACAGAUAGUACGUAGUUAAUUUACUUACUAAUCAUGGGGGGUUUUAUCGAUGGGAAAUGGGCGCCGAUGAUAAUGAGUGUUUUCAUUAACAUCAUUUUGGGAAUGGUUAACGCUUUGGUUAAGAAAGUUCUUGAUGGAGGCAUUAAUCAUAUGGUUAUUGCUACCUAUCGUUUGGGCAUUUCCACUGUUUUUCUUAUUCCAAUCGCUUACUUUUGGGAACGGAAAACAAGACCAAAGCUAACCAUAAGCAUCUCAUGUCAGCUUUUCGUCAGUGCCCUUUUUGGGGCGAGCUUGAUGCAAUAUUUCUACUUGCUUGGACUCUCCUACACUUCUGCGACGUUGGGAUCUGCUUUCUGGGCCAUAAUGCCUUCCCUCACUUUCGUCAUGGCUUUAAUAUUUGGCCACACAGGGCAUGAGAACUGGAUCAAAGGUUGUUUAUUUUUGUUGACAGGAGUUGUACUUUUCAGUUCUUGGAUGCUUAUACAAGCCAAAAUCAACACGAAUUACCCUUCUCCAUACUCGAGUACCGUUAUUUUGUCGGUCUUUGGUACGCUUCAGUGUGCCCUUCUAAGUCUGAUCAAGACUAGACAUGUUGACGAUUGGAUCCUCAGAGACGAGCUUACCAUUGUAACAGUCGUUAUAGCGGGUGUGGUUGCACAAGGAAUGUGUACAGUGGGCAUAUCGUGGUGUAUCAAACAACAAGGACCUGUCUUUUCCUCAGCAUUUAGUCCUGUCGUGCUUAUGUCUGCAACCUUGUUCGAUUUCUUGAUUCUUCAUCGUGUGAUUUAUUUGGGAAGCGUUAUCGGAUCUGUGGUGGUUGUGAUCGGUUUAUACAUAUUUUUAUGGAGUAGGGGUAAGCAAAUAGAGGACUGUAAGACCAUGAAGUUGCCUACCAAUACGGUGGACGAAGAAAAGGAAGAGGAAGGCCGUACAAAUGUUAACAGAGGCCAACUUUUGGUUAUACCAAUGACCCCUUGAUCUACUUUCCCUAAUCACUAUUGUCCAACAAUGAGGAUCGAUAUCUCUUAAAGAAUUUAAAUAUGAAGAGGGGAAGAAAAUGAUAGUUUGAUUGUUUAUUGGACUAUUUCAUGACUUCUCUUGCAACUUUAUUUUUUUUGGAUUUUAAAAUUCCUACAGGCUUCAUUUGGAUAUUGUAAUUUGUUUAUAUAAAUAAACUCUACCAAAUAUGACCUAAUUAAAUAUUGA